AUGGACCAAAAGACCACAGUCACCCUCCUUGAGCUUGCUGCAAAGAGUCUGCUGAAUAAUGAGCCUGCAGCUAUCCAUGCCCUGGACGAAAUCCCAAGAGACCUCUUUGUUCCAUUGUUCAACGCUGCCUUCUUGGGUGGGCAUAAGACGAUACUAAAGGCAAUGGUGAGGGUUUGGCCUUUUCGCUGUCUCCAUAUUGGGUCAUUGAACACACGGGAGUCACACUAUGACAUCUUGGAAGCCAUGAUUGAUGGUCUGCAGAUGCUCCCUGCCAAGAACUCUUCCUCUUGUAAAAUUCAGCAGAACUUUGGGUCCUUGCACGUCUGCUGCAGAAAUUUGCAAAUCGAUAGAAUGUCUGGCCACAGAAGUAUCCUGCAGUUUGUGGAUCUGGGUUGCAUUGAUCACCUGGAAAUGGAUCAGGCUAAUCUGAGUGAAGUCGUCACCCUUUUGGCUCGGGUGAUCCACCUUUACAGCCUUACUCUGUACAACAUGCCCUAUAAAUAUUUUGAGAGAAGGAACUUCAGAUCUUUUCUCCUCUGCCUUGGGCGGCUGGACAAUCUCCAGGAGCUCAGCUUAUCUUUCUUCUGCCUCACAAAUCAGCUGUACAGACUGCUCAGCAUAGGCACUGCUGGGAUUUUGAAUCUAGCCGGGGGAGAGAGGGGUACCUUACGAGUUGUGCCACGUCAGUUGGAUACACUGUAUCUACCUUACUGUAGCCUUUCUGACAGAGAUGUCACUGUCCUGUCCGAGAGCUCUCAGGCCACCCACCUAAGGGUAUUGAGUCUCAGUAACAACCAUUUCUUCUCCGAAGUUUAUGAGCCCCUGCAGACUCUGCUGGAGAAGGUCUCAAGCACCUUGCAACAUCUGGAGAUAGACAAUUGUAUGAUAACUGAUUCUACUCUCUCUGCCAUCCUCCCAGCCCUGAGCCACUGUACCCACCUCAAUUUCCUUAGCUUUGCCUUCAAUCCCAUUACGAUGCUUGUGCUCAAGAGCCUUCUGCAGCACUUGACAUCCUUGAUGAAGCUGAAGUAUGUGAUUUAUCCUGUCCCUCUCCAUUGCUACGAGGAAGGGAAUUUUCAUGACAGUUUGGACCGACAGAAACUUGCUGAAGUUCAGGCUCAGUUGGAGGCGAUGCUGCACGGGGCACAGCGGGACGACAUGAAAUGGGUCACUUGUGAUUUCCACAGUACAAGGAGGAGAUUCAACACUGAUGUGUGGCCAUGA